CGUUGAUUGCAAAAAGCUGGGUGGAAGGAAGGUCCACCAGUGCGUGAGCGAUCCGCUGUUCCUUGUGAUCUCGUUUCUGCUUCUCGCGGCGGAGUAGGUUUCGCAUUUGUGUUCGCAUCAUCAGCUUUGGAGCCAUUUCCUGGUCGAAAUCUUAAGGGUAUUGAGCAGGCUCGAGCAUUUUGAAGCUUUUUGGAGCUUUCAGCAUGGGUAUCGGGGAUUACAAAAUGGCUGAGUUCCAAGGAGGGCUCAAGGCCGACAAGUUUGAUGAUCUUGAGGCAGGAUUCGGCGGGUCGUCGAUGUUGUACCCAGGCAUUAGCGCAGAUGAAAAUACGCUAAGAUGGGGUUUCAUCAGAAAAGUGUACGGAAUUCUCAGUGUUCAAAUUCUAUUAACAACCAUAGUUGCCGGAUCUGUUGUGUACUUCGAGGGCCUCAAAACCUUUUUUCAACAGACACCAGGAUUGGUCCUCUUCCUCGCAUUCGUGCCCCUCAUAGUUAUGUGUCCUCUGUACGCGUACCACCAAAGCCAUCCAUUGAACCUGAUUUUACUGGGACUCUUCACUGUGACAAUGAGUCUUUCAGUUGGCAUCUCAAGCUCCAUGGCACCAGCGCCGAUCGUAUUGGAAGCAUUUGUUUUGACAACCAUUGUGGUGGUGGCGCUGACUGGUUACACCUACUGGGCUGCGAAGAAGGGGAUGGACUUCAACUUUUUGGGUCCCGUUCUUUUCACAAGCCUGGUAGUCUUGGUUUUCUUCGGUUUGAUUCAGGCUUUCUUUCCUCUGGGUAACAUGUCUCAGACAAUCUACGGAGGGCUCACUGCUCUUCUUUUCAGCGCGUAUCUUGUUUACGACACCGAUCAGUUGAUCAAGCGAUAUACAUACGACAAGUUCAUCCUGGCCUCAGUUGCCCUAUACUUGGACAUACUCAACUUGUUCAUCUCCAUACUGCAAAUUCUCAACAGUUCUCGAUCUGAGUAACUAGCUACUUAAUUUGAAUGCUUGUUGCGAAAAGCAUUAGAGUAACAUAUUGUAUUUGUGUUCUGCAUGGAGAAAACGCAAAAACUUGGCAGUAGGCUAUAAAGAGCUGCUAGCAAAUAAAUUCUAAUAUUAUCAAGAAGUUUUGCUGUUGGAUCCCACAGUACCUAUUGCUCUAUCCUACUUCACAGCAUAUGCUUUGUUGAGAUGACGCUGAGGGCACAUGUUAUUGGCUCUUCAGGGUGAAUAGUAGGACGUUAAGGUCAUUCUAGCAUUUUCGAAUGGUUUGAUUGCUGUUUCGUUGUUAGCACAAGAGGUCGUUAGAUUAGGUAUUGGACUAGGAUAAGUAAUAAAAUAAGACAUGCAUGUGAUAAAAUUACUUCUAUAACAGAUACUUUUAGGAUUAA